AUGAAGUCCUCUUGGUUAUUUAUAAUACACUUGCUAUGGCUGAAUGGUCACCAGUGUGCACCGACCAGGCAGGAGGAAAUGAAUCUCCGGGAAAACCUGAAGACUUUAUCUGAAGUUGGGGAGAAAUAUGUAGAUGAAGAGGUAAAGAAAGCUUUGAUUGGUAUUAAGCACAUGAAAAUUAUGAUGGAAAGAAAUGAAGAUAAGCACAUAGAUCUGAUGAAAACUUUGAAGAAGAGCAGUGAAGAAAAACAGGAAGCCUUGCGACUUAUGGAUGAAGUAAAGGAAAGAUUAGAAGAAGAAGAAAGACAAUGCCAAGUAUCUUUGAAAAAUCUAUGGGAUGAAUGUGAAUCUUGCUUAGAAAGUACCUGCAUGCGAUUCUAUACGACUUGCAGACGGGGUUUAUCAACAUUUAGAAGCAAGGUUGAAGAUUUUUUGAGGAAAAUACCUCCACUUAUUUUCCCUUUUCAUGAAGAUCAAGGAAAAGACAUCCAGAUUAAUGAAAAGCCUGAGAAAGAGGAUACUCAACUAGUAAAAAUGGAAGAUCUAUUUAGCCAACUGUUAUCAGACAUGGGCUCAGUGUUUGACAGAAGUUUCAUGUUUUUCAAGCAGAUGCAAAAAGAAUUUGACCAAUCCUUUCAAACAUAUUUCAUGUCUGAUCUGGAUUUGAGUGAAUCCCCCAGCAUGCCUGCUUUACCCGAGGCCACUACCAGAAAUGACGGCUUACAGAAAGACUGGGGUGUACCCGCCUUCCUGCAGACAGUCUUUGAUUUCAGCAAGACAGUGUUUGAAGGUGUCAGUGAGGUGAUUACUGAGGUAUUCGAUGAAUACAGAGAUAAUAGAAGAGAUUUGCCAGAACAAGCCAAAGGUUCUGACAGGGGUGGCAUGUUCUCGAAAAUUGUGUCAGGACACCAAAGGACUCUGUGCAAAGAGCUUCGAGAGAAUUCCUCUGGAUGCACACAGUUUCAUGAGAGAUGUCAGAAAUGUCAAGACAAUCUUUUGCAUGAUUGCCCAAAUGUUCCUGAAUUGCACAUGAAGUUUGAUGAAGCCUUUAAGCUGGUUAAUCUCUCUGGUGAGCAGUACGAGCAGAUUCUCCAGAUGGUUCAGCGUCAUACAGAAGACACUUCCUACUUGCUGAACAAAAUGAAAGAAAGAUUUGGGUGGGUGUCUGAGUUAUCCAAUAUGACCAUCGGACCAGAAAAUAUUUUCAAUAUAGUCAAGGUGGUACCUGGAGAUGUUUCUGGUACAAACGAAACCGUGGUAGAUGUGAAUAUUUUGACUUCACCUACUUUCACCAUUAAAGUUCCUCCCCACUUAGACCCAAAGAGUGCAGAAUUCAUUGAAUACAUAGCUGGAAAAGCACUGCAACUAUAUAAGCAGAAUUUUUAAGUGGAACGAAGAUGUGGGAAAUCU